UUUGAGGUACUUUUUUGGGUGUGGAAAUGUUCCUUCCUUUAUGACCCCUCCCCCAAAGGGUUCCUCAGAAGUGCCCCUCCCACCUCAAGGCCAAAGGAACACCCUCAGGUCCAGCCACACACCCACUCUGGUUCUCCUCCCUCACCUUUUUGCCUGUCUUUCCUUCCUCCUCCAUUACUCAGACUGAGCCCAAAUGCAUUUCUCCUUAUCUCUGCAGAUUUAUGAUCUCUUCUUUUUCUAAUCUACCAGAUGAUGAACAGGAGAAGAAGAAUCACCCAGCAACUCCUGGGCCAUCCUCAGCAGAAAUACAUAAACAAGGGGAAAAAUCAGAGAAUUGAAAAUCCAACUGGGCAGGACUGGAUGUCACAUGAAAGAAAUCACACAAAGGAGAAACCAAAUAAAUGCAUGUCAUCUCAAUAGACAUCAAAUAACCCAUACAGAGGAGAAACUGUAUCCAUGUAUGGAAUGUGAAAAGAGCUUCAGACAGAGUGGUACUCUGAAUAGACAUAAAAGAACUCACGCUGGGGAGAAACCACAUAAAUGCAUGGAAGGUGGAAAGAGCUUCAGUCGUAGCAGUCUCCUGAGUUCACAUCAAAGGACUCACACUGGGGAGAAAUCACAUAAAUGCAUGGAAGGUGGAAAGAGCUUCAGUCGUAGCAGUCUCCUGAGUUCACAUCAAAGGACUCACACUGGGGAGAAAUCACAUAAAUGCAUGGAAGGUGGAAAGAGCUUCAGUCGUAGCAGUCUCCUGAGUUCACAUCAAAGGACUCACACUGGGGAGAAAUCACAUAAAUGCAUGGAAUGUGGAAAGAGUUUCAGUCAGAGUGGUACUCUGAAUAGACAUCAAAGAACUCACACUGGGGAGAAACCACAUAAAUGCAUGGAAUGUGGAAAGAGCUUCAGUCAGAGCAGUUACCUGAGGAGUCAUCAAAGCACUCACACUAGGGAGAAACCAUAUACAUGCAUGGAAUGUGGAAAGAGUUUCAGUAACAGCAGUAACCUGAGUAGACAUCAAAGACCUCACACUGGGGAGAAAUCACAUAAAUGCAUGGAAUGUGGGAAGAGCUUCAAUCAGAACAGUGCCCUGAAUAGACAUCAAAGAACACACACUGGGGAGAAAUCAUAUACAUGCAUGGAAUGUGGGAAGGAUUUCAGUCAACGCAGUCACCUGAGUUCACAUGAAAGAUCUCAUACUGGGGAGAAACCAUAUAAAUGCAUGGAAUGUGGAAAGAGUUUCUGUCAGAGCAGUGCCCUGAGUUCACAUCAAAGAAUUCACACUGGGGAGAAACCAUAUAAAUGCAUGGAAUGUGGAAGGAGCUUCAGUCAUACCAGUAGCCUUAAGUCCCAUCUAAAAAUUCACACUCGGGAGAAAUCAUAGAAGAAUGUAAACAGAGCCUCAUUAGUAGUAAUUAUUUUGUACAUAUCAAUACAUUGUGGAAAGCCUGAAUUAGACCAGUAGUCUUAGUUAUCAUUGUCACGAUGACCUCUACCUGAAGAGAUAAGGAUCGUGAGUCAGGGUGUCACUGUGGGUGCAAAACUACCAUCUUUAGUGCCUUAGGUAAGUGCUUUAAGCCUCAGACGUGGGUAGUACAAGCUCCAUGGGCAAGUCCAACCUCAAAAGAAACCUUUGCUUAUUUUCAAAGCAAUAAACAAUUGACUGAGUGCUUCUUUGGCCGGACAACAGCCUGAGCAAGUAGGACCUGUCAAUAUUACAGUAAAAUGAGUGACCUUCUCAAAUCCUCACUAGAUUUAGG